AGUCAGCAACUUCAGGAAUCAAUUGCGAGCUGCUCAACAAAAUUCACGGAUAACAAACAUACUAAGAAUGUUACAGCCGUCAGGCUAUACACAUAUGGGUGAUCAAAUCAAUUCGAGCUAUGAUGCACCUCUUAAGUUUAUAAAUGAUGUUAGACCAACAUCACCUAAGCUGCAAAAGGAGAAUCUCUCGAUGAUAUCUCUUAGUGGAAAUUUUGAGACAGAAAGUGUUGAUAAGAAUAAGAAAGCUAGGUCUGUGAUUUGUGAGAUAAUAGCAAUAAAUCCACAAUUUGGUACACAAUUAAAGAGUUAUUUGACAAAGCCGGUGAUCCAACAGAUUGAAAAGGAGGAAUCAUUACAAUUAUUGGCGAAGAUCAAACGAAUUACAAUAAUAUCUCUCGAUAUUAUGCCCCAGAAAUGUUCAAACACUGAAUUAAUUCUUUUAGUCGAUAAAUGCUUUCUAUUUUUACAUAGUAUAGCUAUUCAAUACGAGGGCUAUAUUAAUGUAGUGAAUCUGUACGACAAGAACAUUUUCUUUUCUAUCGCGUUUGGCAUAUAUGAGUACGUCGAUAACGAUCAAUUUGACGAAACCUGUAAAAACGGAAUGCUUUGCGCAAUACACAUAUCGCGAACAAUAAAAACUCUCACUGGAAUUCACAGCAUUUUUAUCGGCAUAUCGACAGGAAUGACUUAUUGUGGUGUAAUUGGACAUAUCGCUAGAAAAUAUUAUGCAAUAAUAGGACAUUCUGUUGAUACAGCUAUAAGAAUGAUGAAUAUUUCACAUAAUAGAAUUUCCUGUGAUUAUGACACUGUGUUGCAUAGUCAAAUAGAAAAAAAUCAAUUUCGCUCUCGAGGCUUAAGGACACUGCGACGAUUCGAGAAAUAUCACGUCUACGAAUUUGUUAUUGAUACACCGAUUCAAGAAUAUGUAGAUACAACUUCAUCUUUGACCUAUUGUUAUCCUAUUUUGGGUAGAACACGUGAAUUGGGAUAUUUUAACAAAAUCCUCGACGAAAUCAAAUUAGUUGAUCGGAAAUAUUCGGGAUUAUUGAUUGAGGGAAUCGAGAGAUCAGGAAAAUCCAGACUUUUAGAUGCUUUCGUCAGGCUCGCUCGCGCCAGACGAAUAAGAAUAAUCAAACUUUCUCUUCACGUAAUCUACGCGGACAAGGCCUAUUCGGUUAUAUAUCACAUUAUUCUACAGAUAUUCGAAGCUGAGGAUUGCGAAACGGUUGGCGAGCGUGAAAAAGUCUUACUUGAUAAAUUGAGUGACAUUUUCGUUAUAGAAGAUUUCUGCUAUCUGAACGCUUUGAUGAGAGUUCAUUUCCCUCUUUCCGAUACAUAUCUCUCCGACACAGAUUGGCAACGACAUAUGAAAACCGUUGACAUCUUUGAAACUAUAUUAAAGGAGCUAAAAAUUAAUGUUUGCAUUUUACUCGAUGACAUUCAAAACAUGGACUACAAGUCCUGGCAAUUUUUAUCGUCGGCUCUCGAUAACCAGAAUAUUAUCAUAGCGAUGACGAUGCUGAAGCCAAGCUCAUGGGACGACUUAUCUCAGGUGGAAGCAGAAAUCUAUAAAGAUAAAAGAAUAAUGAACCACGAAUUGGCUGGUCUGGAUUUAGAUUUGCUUCCGGUAUUCGCGUGUCAAUUUUUAAAUGUUUUUGGGAUAUCUGAGAAAUUGAGCAGCAUUUUACGAGAACAUAAAGACGGUCACAUCGGAUGGUGCGAAACAUACCUGACAUCAAUUCUUCAGACUAAUGGUUUAGAUUUUCUCAAAAUAACCCCCAGCGAAGCGAUAAAACGCAAUCUAAUAUUCCCAGAUAGUUCUUUGAUAACAAAACUACCAAUUGAAUUAAUGCCAGAAGAACUGUCACCCCCCUUGCCCUGGUCGCAGAUGGGUAUUUUAGACGUGUGUGUUUUGAACGAGAAUUAUUUUCAGCCCACUGACAAAGAUUGCGAUAUAACAGAAUUGAUGUCUAAGAUCUACGAUAGAAUGAAUCCUUAUGAGCAAGAUUUCAUGAAGUGCGGCGCAACGUUGGGCAGAGUGUUUAAACGAAGCAUGGUAGAAAACGUGAUGCCGAAUGCGAUUCCACCGCAUACAAGUAGAACCAUCUCCGAGAUGAUCCGAAUGCGGAUAUUAGAAUGCGCUGCCUUACAACGGCGGGAUUUCCAUUACGAGGACCUUAUUUUUUGCAUAGAUACAACAAGACAGACAUUCUCUGAUAUGCACCAUUUGGUAUCUUGCCAUUGUUCACGACCUACCAUUACUCAUCGGUUACCAUUGCCCAAGACUCCUUAUGCUCAAUGUAAAAUGCUUGAAUUCAAAAUUGCCGCGUUUCAUAAGAUGAUAUAUAAUAUGCAAACGAAUAAAGAAAGAAAUGAGCAUCACACGAGAGCGGCUAAAAUAUAUGGUCAGGAUGCUCAAAAAUGCAAUUCUUGUGGUAGUGAUCGUUUCCUAAGAAUUCUCAGGGAAGAUCUACUUAAAGAAAUGGAGAAAGAAGACGUAGUGUCACCUAGAAUCUCGAUGGUUCGUCGUCGCACGAUCGAAUCUCAAAAGUUGGUAACACCCAAACUGACUCCACUUCCAAUUGACACCAUUAAAACGGCAAGAACACAAGAUUCCUUGGGUGUUUGUAGAGUGUCUAUUAUGCCGACGAGUAUUGAUAUUGAGGAAGAAGACGUUCUAAAAAAAGAAGAAAAUAAAAUAAUUGCCGAAUCAAGAUUUCAAAAGCAAUUUUCGAGUUUCUCUGCAGAAAUGAUAGAUGAUACUGCUUAUCUAAGCUCUUUGGAAACAUUUCAUCAUGUUGAUUAUCGUAAUUGCCAAUGUGACAGUGUUGUUAGCCAUCUUUUCUGGAGAAUGCACCAACACAUUGAGAAAAGUGGAGAAACCGAGAAAGUACUCGAGUUUUUUAUACAAUACAGUGCUGCAGUAAUCCAGCUUGCGCAAUCUUUCUAUGCCAUUAAUCUGCUUUCGAUCGCCGCUAAAAGAUGUAAAGCCGAAAUAGAUGAUAAAUGGAUAAAUGAUAAUACAGAGAAUAAUAUCAUGCAUAAAGGAAUCAUAUUAGCUUUAAUGGGUGACGCUUAUAAUGCAUUAGGAAAUUAUGAUCAGGCUAAAAGAUAUUAUCUGUUGGCAGUGAAAUGCCGAGAUACACAAUUUGCAAUAGAAAAAGGCAUCUGUUACAACAUAUUAAGAAUGUUUUGUAAAUUACGAGCUCCCCCUGAUUAUACACUUGACGAAAAAUCAAUGCAACUUGUUGUAAGAAACAUGGAGUUGGCGUCAUACUUACGACGUCUUUGCUCCAUAUUCAUGAAAGAAAAUAGACUGAAGAUGGCACAGUCGUUCGCCUUGAGAAGUUUCAGAAUCGCGUUUCAAAGCAUUGAUAGUUUUCUAGAGAAAGGCCAAAUAUAUCUUGCGACAGUUCGAGUUUUGCAUCACACAAGAAGUAUCAGAGUAUUAAGUGGUGAACUAGAAGAAGCUGUAGAGAUGGGUAUAAAAGUCUUCAAAAUAUCUAGAGCAUUGCAUCUCAAUAAACUGAUGCUAAUCAUUCUGCCAUCGCUGAUUCAGAUAAUGUUAUGGACUAGACGUAUCAAUAAAACUGUCGACUUUAUGUGGGAGUUGUACUUUUUGGCGGACGAAGACAUAGAUUGGUCAGCCAAGACGUGGUAUUACGCCCUUUCUUUAGAUCUGAUGUUGGAUGGAGGAAUAGUGUUGGAAUCAUACGAGACGUCCUAUAACUAUUAUAAGGAAUUUAUAGGGGACUGACGGUUACUCAUGAGUUUGUAUGCAGCACGGAAAAAUAUGUGAAAGAUAUUAGCU